CUACCCAGCGCCGAGGUGAACUUGCAAACACUUUUUCGGGAGGACAAUUAAGAGAGGAAGCUGAUUUGUGAAAGUGAGGAAAGGCGGAGCCUCUGUACGUAUUUAGAGGUGAAACAUCCCGGGUCCUUUUGCACCUGCUCCAGGUCAGUUAGCACAGCUUUUGGGAUGAUGCUCCACAGACACUGAUGUCAACUUCGAUUCAUAUGACGACUUGACCAACUCCAGGAAGCAGAAACCUCCUCUCCUCCCACCUCCUCUGUUUUUCCCUUUUCUGUCUCUCCAUCUACCUCUCUCUCUCUCUCUCUCUCUCUCUCUCUCUCUCCUCUCUCUCCUCCCCCUCUCUCCCUCUUUCCCUCUGUGUUUUUCUCCAGAGACCUCAAGUUUUUGAACACCACACUGUUCUUACCUACUGGCCCUCCACCCCACACACACAAACAGAGAGAAGCGAAGGAGCCAUGUCUCCUCUUGGUUUACCCCUGUUGGCUGUACUGGUCAGUGUGGCCCUGUGCCAGUAUGACUACGACUACCAGCCUCAUUCCAUGCUGGGACCCUCAGGGCCCAACUGUAAUCAAGAAUGCGAGUGCCCCGUCCUCUUCCCCUCUGCCAUGUAUUGUGACAGCCGCAAGCUCAAGUCCGUUCCCGUAGUCCCGACAGGUAUCAAGUACCUGUACCUCCAGAACAACCAGAUUGAAGAGAUCAAGGCUGGAGUGUUUGAUAACGUUACUGCUGAACUACGCUGGCUCAUACUUGACAACAACCAUAUCACCAAUGCUAAAGUAGAAAAGGGAACAAUUGACAAACUCACCGGCCUGGAGAAGCUAUAUUUCAGCUACAACAACCUCACAGAGCCAAUCAUCCCUCCCUCAAAGUCCCUCGAAGAGCUGAAGAUGACACACAACAAGUUCUCCAAGUUCCCCUCUGGACUUCUGUCCGACAAAGAGAAUUUGACCUCCGUCAACCUUCAGUUCAAUCAGUUAACCUCUGACGCCAUCUCUGGGGCUUUCAAAGGGCUGAAGAAGUUGCUGUCUCUGGAUGUGAGCCACAACAAGCUGAAGAAGCUGCCAGCCGGUGUCCCCAGCUCACUGGAAAUCCUCUACGCUGACUACAACGACAUCGACAGUGUUGGAGCCGGAUACCUGAACAAGCUGCCGUCGCUGCAGUACCUAAGGAUCUCCCACAACAAGCUAGCGGACGCCGGGAUCCCUGCUGGAGUUUUCAAUGUGUCGUCACUGCUGGAGCUGGACCUGUCGUUCAACCGGCUGCAGUCCGUCCCUGAGAUCCACCGUCAGCUGGAGCACCUCUACCUGCAGGCCAACGAGAUCAGCAAGAUCGACAUGUCAAGAUUGUGCAAGUUCGUUGAUUACCUCACGUUUUCCCAUCUGAAGACUCUGCGUCUGGACGGCAACAACGUCACACACAGCGACAUGCCCUCUGACGCGGUCAACUGUCUGCGCCAAGCUUCAGAGAUCCUGUUUCAUUAAGGACCUCCCUCCAACCUAUGCCCUUCAUGAUAUGAUUCAAAUCCAGGGUAUUAAAUGGUAUCUUCAUCGGUAAGAUACACACGAAUCUUCAACUAAUCUAAAUUGGGGCAAAUUGGAAAAUUUUGAGUCAAAAAACUUUAAUAAAAAAAGUCAACUACGAAAAAACAACAUAAAAAGUACAUUAACGAAAAAGUUGUAUAAAUAUAAAUCAAUGUUUAUGCUUUUAUUAAAGACACACACACUUUAAACAUUCCUAACUUGUAUUCGAAUUGAGAUUUAACGGAGUAAGCAGCGGCUAAAGUUCUCCACAGUCUCUUUUCAGUUGUUGCGUCAUUUUGUUGUCCGUCUUGUGUGUUCCAGUGUUUAGCAUGUAGAAUAUAAUAUGGGUACAAUGAUGAAUCCAUUGCUGUGCAAAGGACCAGCUAUAAUGAGGAUUGCGUACUCUGUGUUUUAUGCCUUUGGGGAGAAAUGAUGAUCAAAUUGUAAAAUAGUUGCAGUUGAAUUUUUUUUGGGGGGGGGAUUCCGGAGUUAACCCCUUGUUUGUCAAUAUUUACCAACUUAAAACUCGAUAUCUUGAUGCAAAUGAGUCCCAGAGAUUGACUUGAUUGAUCGUCUUUCCUGUGGUGAGAAUAAAAAAAUAUCCAGUGUCUUUUGGGAAUCACUUCAAACCCUAAACCAGAGCAGGAUUUCCAGGUUCCUGGUGUCGGAAAUGAAAUGAAUGACACUGGCGUUGACCUCAAAAACACGUCCGCUGACUGAAUGUCUCUUUUACUUUUCAGAAAUCACGAGUCAGAUUGUUUCUUCGUACGACUUUAACUCCUCGCUGUCCCCUGUCCAUGUGCAUCACUGCUUUGUAUACUACAUUCGUGCUUCUUGCAUGCAUCCCAUGGUACCAUUCUUUGAUAAUAAACUACAGCUUUUGCAGUUAAGGUG